ACCUAGUAAUUCAAAACUUACCUUUAAAAGAUGAAAAAUCAAAGCAAUUUAGCACCAAAAGAUCCAUAUUUCUUAGAAGAUCCAAAUACUAAUGACGAUCCUUUUGUUUAUAUAGACUCUCAAGAGGAUAGAAUAGAAACUAUUUCAAAAAACAUAAACACAUAUGCUACUAAUGAAAGGAAUACUUAUAUAAGUACUCUAGAAGAGCCCAUUUACAUGACAAUUUAUAAUGAUGUUAAAAUGAUAGGCAUCAGAGCAAAAUAUAUACUACUUCCUCAUGAAAAUUGCAAUAUCUUACGUAACUGGGAUUUAUGGGGUCCAUUUAUUUUUUGUCUUAUUUUUUCUUUAUGUUUGUCAUUGGAAACAUCAAAAAACGAAUCAAUCAAUGUUUUUACAGGAAUUUUCUGUAUUAUCUGGGUGGGCAAAUUGAUUAUCACUUUAAAUCUCAAGCUUUUGAAAGUCCCAAUAUCACUAUUUCAAUCUAUAUGUAUUCUUGGAUAUUCUUUAUUCCCUUUUGUCAUUUGUACUAUAUUUGUAUCUCUCGAACUUUUUAUUUUUCGCCAUUAA